UGCAGCUCUAAGUGCCUGCAGACGGCCCGGCCAACCUUAUUAUGGAGGCAGAAACGUCAAGUGUUGGGGGGCCAAACUCUGCAAAGAGGCAAGGAAAACAGGCAAGCCGAAGGAGGCGCAGAGAUCAGGAUGCAGAUGUCCACCUCUCAAAAGCCCUCUCUUAUGUCCUGCGCCAUGGUGCAAACAAACUGGGGUUACAUAUGGAGCCGGAUGGCUUUGUGGACAUAGCAGAGGUCCUCCGCUUGCCCCAGUUCAAGACUUCAUCCCUGGACGACGUGCAGCGUGUUGUGAAGACAAAUGACAAGCAGCGUUUUGCUGUGCGGCUGCACCCUUCUGAUGGACGGCCCCAGAUCCGGGCCAAUCAAGGGCACUCACUGCAGGUAUCUGAGUUGGAACUGAUCCCUUUGCUGGACCCUGCAGACUUCCCAGAAACUGUGGCCCAUGGCACAUACCUGCGCCACUGGCCCACAAUACGGUGUCAGGGCUUGUCCCGGAUGGGGAGAACGCACAUCCACUUGGCGCCAGGACUACCAGGGGAUGGGGCUGUCUUGAGCGGAAUGAGAAACAACUGUGAGGUGGCCAUAACCAUUGACGUGGUCAAAGCUCUGGCAGAUGGAAUCCCUUUUUACCGCUCGGCUAAUGGUGUCAUCCUCACGCCGGGUGAUGAUAACGGGCUGCUGGUCCCUCGGUACUUCCGGGAAGCCCUGGAACUCCGACCCGUUCGACGCCAGCUCUCUCUCGAGUGACCCAUCUCCAUGCCAAGAUUGUCCUCUUCUACCUCAUUUUCCCCAUGAGAUACAGAUUUAUGGCAUAUGCCUAUUAUUUAUUACUUCAACAAUAAAAUUCACUGUUUACA